AUGGACGCGCCCAGCAGUGCUGUACCUGAUUUCUUCGACCCUCUUCUCGACUACCUCUCGUCGAUUUUGCCCCCGACCGUCUAUGCCAUUCUGACGACUCUUAUAUCUUAUACACUCUCGCUCGCGAUGUCAUCAUUCUCGCUAGUAAAAGGAAUAGUUUCAUCCCCACCCUCGUCAUGGGACGCCCAAACUAUCCUGCCGCCAUUGAUCACUUUCCUCGCUGCGUAUCUCGCGCUGGUGAGCCUAUACCGCACGACGAGCUGGAUGAUCCGUACUGGGAUAUGGGUCGUGAAAUGGGGGUUCAUCCUUUCGGUGCUCGCCGCGAGCGCAGGGUGGAUGCUCGGAAGCGCACAAGCGAAUGGCGGGAACGACAUCGGCGGCUUGGUGACCGGAGGCGUCCUGCCCGCAGUCGGGGGGAUGCUCCUUGACAUGCUAAACGGUCAGAACACUGCGGGUGGCCCGCGCCCCGGUAGCAGGUCCUCGCGCGCAAAAACUCAGAGGGAGAAGGCCCCGCGCCCAAAGGCCUGGGAGACUUGGGACAAACAUCGGGAGUGGGAGUAUAGCGAGAAUGCGCAGGCUGAGGCGGAUGGUAGAAGCGCUGAGGGCAAUGUGCUCGGCGAUAUCAUGGGCGCUAUUGGGCGCACUGUGGUCGAGGGAGGAUGGUGGGAAACAGCCAAGGGUGUCGUGGGGGAUUUGAACCGAGGGCUGCAGGGAGAGACGCGUGAACAUGAUUAUGGGGCACAAGAAAAGCAGCCUGAGAGGAAAGACAAGUCUAAGGUAAAGGCGAAAUCCCAGACGUCUAGGUGA